AUGGACUUGGAUUACAGCGACUGCACGGUUCGGCUCAGCUGUGCUGUGGAGAUGAAUCUGCGCUACUGUCUCCCUCUUUCAGACUCUUGCCCUUCUGCGAGGUCGACGGCAAACCACGGCCUCAAUGCCAUUCUCUUAUUACCAAACCCUCUCAUCCGUAACUCACUAGCCUCACUCUUGAACCUCGAGCCACUUUUCCCCGGUCCGCACGAUAUACGGUUCCUUUUCGUCUUAUAG